CCUCAAUCCCAUGUGCUCCAGUCUCCCUCCCCUCCCAAAAAAUUUCAACGCUCCCCUCCCAAAACAUCUGUCGCAAGUGGUCUUCUCCACAGGUGAAGCUAUUUUUUUGGGGUCGUGAAUCGCGUUGCUUGUUGGAAGACACCAUGGGAGAUGUUAACGAUGACGAUUUUUGGGCUUUCUGGGAUGCAACUGUUGGAGGCGGAGAUGAUGGAGCUCACCAAACCGAAGGAACACCGGUAGUAGCUGGAGAAGGUGGCGGACAGACCUCCGCAGCUGCAGGACUUGAAGGACAGACCUCUGGAGCUCACCAAACUGAAGAAGAUGACAGAAACAAGGCCCAAAUUGGAGAAGAUGACCAACCGAUGUUGGAGGCUUCCAUGGACGUCGUGUAUGAACUGGGUAGGACUUCAUCUUAUUCGUAUUUUGUUUCUGUGGAUGUUGUAGAUUGGUCAUGUAUGUUUGUAUAGUGUAUGAACCUUUGUCUGUGUAUGUUGGAACAAGUAUCUGUGUUUGUCUGUGAAAUACUUAAAGUUGUCUGUAUUUGCAUAUACUGUCUGUGUGUAGCACAAAGUUGUCCGUAUGAAUAAAUUAUUUAUUCUUUUUUGAAUUGAAUAUUGUACCAUGACAGAUGCACAUGGUCAGAAAAAGGAUAUUGAAGCUCCAGAUGUUGGUAUGAAGUUUGUUACAAAAGAAACCGUGUAGAUUGGUCAUGUCUGUGUAGUGUAUGAAGCUUUGUCUGUGUAUGCUGGAACAAGUAUCUGUGUUUGUCUGUGAAAUACUUAAAGUUGUCUGUAUUUGCGUACAUGGUCUGUGUAUAGCACAAAGUUGUCUGAAUAAAUUAUUUAAUUUUUUUGAAUUGAAUAUGGUACCAUGACAGAUGCACAUGGUCAGAAAAAGGAUAUUGAAGCUCCAGAUGUUGGAAUGAAGUUUGAUACGAAAGAAGCCGUGUAUAUUUUUACAAGUUUAAAA